AGGUUCCAGCCACAUCUGACAUCGAGUCUCCUCAACUCGCUACCGGCUCCCCACCUUUGCCCUCGCCAGUCGCCACCUGCUGCUGCUGUUCCCAGCCCAGUUCUGCGCCGCGCUCCUCCCGAGGCGCCGGCGGUGGGCGAGUCUGGGCCGCCGGUGGUGGGUGCCUGCUACUGGCUGAUGCGGCCGUGGGAAUGGGAGUGUGGGAGUACAUCCUGCGCGGCGGCGGUCGGCGCUUCAUCAAGCGCAAGGACAGCGACGCCGGCGAGGCUGGUCGGGCAUUGGAGGAGCUGAGGGGCUCCCUCUACAAUGAGUUUCAUACUUCGGAAGGGGCCAAACGCCAGCAGCAGAGGUUUUGUGGCCCCAGUGUUGCACUGACAUUCAAUUUCGUCGUUUCUGUUGGGAUCAUCUUGGCAAAUAAAAUGGUGAUGGGUACCGUUGGGUUUAAUUUUCCAGUUGCACUGUCUCUAAUUCAUUAUGUAGCUGCCUGGGUCCUUAUGGCUAUCCUAAGGGCAUUAUACUUGAUGCCCAUUGCUCCUCCUUCAAAAUCCACUCCUUUCUCCUCAUUAUUCGCUUUGGGUGCUGUGAUGUCUUUUUCCACUGGGCUUGCUAAUGUGAGCUUAAAGCAUAAUAGUGUAGGGUUUUAUCAAAUGUCUAAGAUAGCUGUAACUCCAACAAUUGUUGCAGCAGAAUUUAUUCUUCUCCAGAGAAGUGUUUCCCUUCGGAAGGUUAUCACGCUAGUUCUAGUGUCAUUUGGUGUGGCUGUAGCAACCGUUACUGAUUUGGAGUUCAACUUUUUUGGUGCUUGUGUAGCAGUAGCUUGGAUCAUUCCUAGUGCUGUAAACAAAAUCUUGUGGUCAAAUUUACAACAGAGUGGAAACUGGACUGCUCUUGCGUUGAUGUGGAAGACAACCCCAAUUACGAUGUUUUUCUUUCUUAUACUGAUGCCUUUGAUGGAUCCUCCUGGGUUAUUGUCUUUCAACUGGAAUUUCAAGAACAGCAGUGCAAUUAUGAUAUCUGCGUUGCUUGGUUUUCUUCUUCAGUGGUCCGGUGCUUUGGCACUUGGUGCAACCUCGGCUGUAUCUCAUGUCGUGCUAGGCCAGUUCAAGACAAUUGUUAUAAUGCUCUCCAGCUUUCUGGUAUUUAACUCUGAUCCUGGAUUCACCAGUAUCUGUGGAGCUGUCAUUGCCCUCGGUGGCAUGUCAAUCUACACUUACCUAGGGCUAAAGGACUCAACAACUGGUGGUAAGAGAAUUCCUUCAGCAUCCAGGCAAAGUUCUCAUUCCCCGAAGUCCAAGAUUAUUAUGGAAGGAGAAAAGUUGGAAGCAAGACUUAUGGACUCUGUCUAAAUUAAAGAUUUGCCAUUUUGAUUACACCUUUUUGAGUUUCAUGCACCAACCACUCAACUCAAGCUUAACAUUUUGAGGAAAGCUAGACAAUCUAUAUGCAAGUAGUAUUCUUAUGGGCCUUUCCUUUUGUUUCUAGAACGCUACUCAGUAUCAUUCUGUUCUAGGAAAAUUUAGUCAACUGCUGUGCACCAUUGACCAAAUCUAUUGUACAUAGAAACAGGUAUCAUUUUCUAGUUUUAGAAAUUUUGGUCAACAAUAGUACUCUUUUGCUGUGCCAGUUGCCUUGUGGCUUUUUGCGAUUUCAGAAACUGGACAAUAUGCUGCUGAGCGCUGAUGAUGGCCUCUAGUUGAAUUUACUCUAGGUUGCACACUAAAUUGUUGUUCUUACAUAUAUGGCAGCAGCUGUUCUUGUGUACUUCGGUUUAUACAUAAAA